AGGUGAUAAUGGUAGCAGCGCUUCCUGCAGUUCUCGCCUAACAAAUCUUAAUUUUUCAGUUUUGAUUGUUUCUAUUGCUUUUUAUUCAUUUAGUAUCCGUCUUGCUGUAAAGUAAAAGUUAAAAAGAGCUGUUGCAAAUCUGCUUUGCAAAGGUGACUUCACCCCCAACCUAACCGGCGCACUGCGGCAUCACGUGUGAGGAAAGACCUGCUCUACGCUUUGUGCUGGCGCGCAGAUCUACACGGGCGCGCCGACGAUGUCCGCCUCUCGGCUGCUGGUGAGGGCGGUGGCCCUCCUAUUCUUGUGUAACGCGUGCACCACCGCCAUCCUUACCGCUUCCGCGGCCGCCGAUGCACCGAAGCUGGCGUUCUUCGACAUCAACCGAUCGAUCAUACUGUCCACCACCGGCGAAGGCGCUCCGACGUCGUUUGGAUGGCGCAGUCGCUUCUCGUCUCGCUACGACCCUGAACCCGCCGUGUCUGUGGCGGUGCUCGACUUCGCGACGCCGUCACACCGCACUGGCCGCACCACCUUUGAGUUCUUGACGGUCCCCUACUGCGUGGAUGCCUCGGGCGACAGCACGGCGUGUGACCUCAGCGGCCGCAUUCUGUACAUGCUUGUGCGCUUCCGCCGCCAUCAGGAGGCCAACUUCCAGGCCAUCAUCUGGCAAGACGCUUGGCAGACCACCUCCACACAAAAGGCGUUGGAUGCGUUCAAGGCGCGGCUGAACCGCACGGACGUGGUGUACCCCUCCGGCAGGGGCGCGAUGCGGAUGGAGGACACCGCCGCCUGCUCCGACCUCACGGACGAGUGCUACCUCUCCUCCUUCGCCACAUACACGAGGAGCUUCAAGGAGGUCGACCCGUCCCAGUACAGCGGGCGUUUCCUCUUCCGCCUUGCAGAGAAGUACUCGCUGAACAGCCCGUGGCGGGUGCGGUUGCAGCACGACUUGCCGCACGACGCCGAGGCGGAGGUAGAUGUGGUGCUGGUGCUCAGCAGCCUGCCCGCCGUCAACCCGCUCAACUCGCGGUGGUGGCUGGAGGGCGUCGGCGGUCGCUUUGCGCUCAUCGCCGUGGGCGUCUUCAUCGCCUUCGGCUUUCUGGCGUGCACGCGGGAGGUGGCGGCGCUGCUCGCACGUCAGCGCACCACCGGUGGUGCCGCCGCGGCCGCCCCCGCCCUCUUCAGCGAUGACGACAACGAAGGCCACUUUGCGUUUCUGCAGCGCGUUGCAAAGGUGGCCGCGGACGGGGUGCAGAAGUUCGCCGAUUACGCCAUGGCGAAAGUUCGCCCGCUGAACUGCUACGCCGCCUGCCUGACGCCGUGGCGCCGUUGGUGGGACCAGCGCCGGCGACUGCCGACGUCGGAGGAGGGCAGGGCGGAGACGGAGCAUGAGAUCACCGUCGUGAACGCCAGCGCCUUUACGGAGGAGGAGGAGACCGGCCCGAUCUGCCGCAUCUGUCGCUGCCGGGAGCCUUUCGAUGACCUCUUCGCGCCGUGUGCGUGCAACGGCUCGAGCAAGUACGUCCACCACCACUGCCUCGAGCAGUGGCGGGAGAUGACGACCAACCCCGAGCACCGCCGCGUGUGUGCGGAGUGCAAAACACCGUACACGUUGGUGCGCGUGACUGUGCCGCAGAACGCCGACCUCAUCACCGGCAGUCCCAUCAUCGAGCCAGCCCUUCGCCACUACGUCGCCACGGCGCUCUCCAUCGUCCUAACCGUUUUCUUUGCCGUGGGCGGGGCGUAUGGGCUAAAGAGUGUCUUCUUCGUCACGACGGGGUUCGACUCGAACAUAGACUGGUCCUUCACCCAGAGCUACCACUGGGUUAUGACGGCGUACUUCCUGCUGGCCUUAGCGUUGAACCUGAACAUUAUGUCUCCUUUUGUGAAGGACAUGGAGUCGGCCCAGUUGCAGCUCCUCUUCGUCCUCCUCUCGCUAGUGCUGCUUGAAGUUCCCAUCAGCUACAGCGUUUCCGCCGCUUUGGGCCUGUUCUUUGACCGCUUCUUCACCUGGGAGAUCUCGUACGGCCUAGGCCUUGUCUCCGUCGCGCUCAUCUAUGUUAUGGACGUCUUCACAAAUUACUUUGAGUUGCUGGAUUCGUUUGCGGAGGAGAGGGAGGUUGUCGCGCCACGUGCGUCGACCGAAGAAGCACAACCGCCUGCGUGA